ACCCAGCAGCUUGAGGAGCGGGCUAAGGAAGUCGGACAACAUGCCUUCCAGGCUGUAUCGUCGUUUGCGUGGUUAUGGCCUUUUCGCGGAAUAAUCUUCGCGGUGACCAAUCCCAAGUUGUUCGUCUCAGUGCGCCCGGCGCUGCUCAAAUCCCUCGCGCUUUCGACCGUAAUAUUCAUCGUCUUGCUCAUCUUCACAUAUCUGCCACAAAUGGCGAUCCUCGCUCUCAUAACAGGCCCUCUGGCACCUCUGUUUGCCUUUGUGCUCAUCGGCGCGGAGUCGGUACUGAUCCUCACCCUGCUGGCCAAGCCGCUCUUCCUCGAGCCAGCGCUGACGCAGGUUUUCGACGCGACUCUGAUUGCUCGAGGGCAGCGAGAACUCGUGAUUCAGGGAAAGAAGCGACUGGGAGCAAGCAGCGGUGGCAAGGGUCGUGACGUUGGAAAAGCGUUGGUGAGGCCCUUGCAAGGCUUCACGCCCAGCGGUAUCAUCAAGUAUGCCUUAUCCCUGCCUUUGAACUUUGUCCCCGCAGUCGGGACCGCCUUCUUCAUCUUGUACAAUGGUGUCAGAGAGGGACCCGGCUGGCAUUCACGCUACUUCCAGCUCAAGGGGCUCACAAAGCAGCAGAGACAAGCAUUCAUCGAGUCACACAGGCCGGAGUACACUGCCUUUGGUGCAUUCACGCUAUUGCUGAACUUCGUUCCUUUCGUUGGAUUGCUGUUUAGUUUUACCAACACUAUCGGAGCCGCGCUAUGGGCAGCAGACAUGGAAGCCAAG